CAGGCGAUUACACUGCAAAGAACCCAAAAGUUCCUCCAAGCUCACAGGACAAGGUAAAAAGCUAGUAGUGAAAAUCAAGCAAAAAAACUGUUGCAGCCUCAGAGCUAUCCCAGUUCACACGCCUCUUUUGUUUUUGUCUGUCAGCCAUGGAAGAACUAAUAAUCUCUCCAUCUUCAUCUUCUUCAUUAGUCUCUUUUUCACACGAAACUCCUCCUUCAACUCUGCAGCAGAGGCUCCAACAUGUGCUGGAAAGCCAGAAAGAUUGGUGGGCGUACGCUAUUUUCUGGCAGACAUCAAACGACGACCUGGGACGGCUGCUCUUGGCUUGGGGUGACGGUCACUUUCAAGGCACUAAUGAGUCUUCAAAACCGGGUGCCAACCACUUCCAGGGUGAACGAAGGAAGGUGAUGAAAGGGAUCCAAGCCCUCAUCGGGGACAACCACGACAUCGAUAUGGGUGAGGCUGAAUGGUUCUACAUGAUCUCACUGACACGGUGUUUCUCGGCGGGUGAUGGGAUCCCGGGCAAGUGUCUUACUACUGGGUCUUUGGUGUGGUUAACUGGUGCCCAUGAGUUGCAGUUCUACAAUUGUGAAAGGGCUAAAGAAGCACAAUUGCACGGCAUUGAAACCCUGGUUUGCAUACCCACUUCUUGCGGGGUUCUUGAGCUUGGCUCUUCCGAAAUUAUAAGGGAAAACUGGGGAUUGGUCCAACAAGUUAAGUACCUAUUCGGGUCGGAUCUCAUUCGCCUUUUACCAAAACAAUCCUCUCCAAACCAGUUCCUUGAUAGAAACAUCUCAUUUUCAGACAUGGGGGUAAUCGCCGGCGUUCAAGAGCAAGAACAUGCAUCCCUUGGUUUUAAAACCAAGAAAGAUUGUCCAAAACAUGGGGAACUGUCUUUCGUGAACUCAGACCAUUCGGAUUCCGAGUGUCGAUUCCGUGCCGCCACGGAGAGUAACAGUAAUAGUAAUACAGAGAAGAGGAUCCCGAAGAAACGAGGGAGGAAACCGGGUUCGGGACGAGAGACAUUGUUGAACCACGUGGAAGCAGAAAGGCAACGCCGUGAGAAGCUGAACCACAGAUUCUACGCUCUACGAGCAGUAGUCCCGAACGUGUCGCGCAUGGACAAAGCAUCCCUCUUAUCCGACGCCGUUGCAUAUAUCAACGAGCUAAAGUCGAAAAUCGAAGACCUCCAAUCCGAGCUUGGGAGGGACCGUAAGAAAGUGAAAAUAGAAACGGUGGAUGGCAUGGAUAACCAAAGCACCACCACGUCGGUGGAACAAGCAGCCAAGCCUAGCAGCAAUUCAUCGUCCGGGAAUGCUGGGUCUAAUGGGUUUGAGCUAGAUAUCAAGAUCAUAGGAAAUGAUGCAAUGAUUAGGGUCCAAUCAGAGAACGUGAACCAUCCAGCUGCUAGGUUAAUGGAUGCCCUUCGUAAUUUGGAGUUUCGAGUUCAUCAUGCAAGCAUGUCGUGCGUUAAUGACCUCAUGAUCCAGGAUGUUGUCGUAAGUUUCACUGAGAACGGGUUCGGACUGCAUGAACAAGGCCUUAAAUCUGCUAUUCUCACCAGGCUAGACCAGUAAACUUCUACUGCUGCUGCUUCUUCUUUUACUUGUUCGGAUUUCGCUUUUACCUUUUUUUGGUUUUACCUUUAAUUCUACUUGUCAUGAUUAAUAAAUAAGACAAAGUAUUUAAAUUUCAGUUUUUGUA